GAGAAUCCCUAAAAUCCCUAAAAUCCCCAAAAUCCCUCUCUAGAUUGCGUUUUACCAGGAUAAACAUCCUAAAUUAAUAAUAACACAACCUCCAGCCCUCCAAUCUGAGACUUAUCAUCUACCGGCACAUACAUAUACUUCUCCAACAUCCUAUUUUGUGGUUCGAAUCUACAUUCUCCAUUUGAAAGACAAACACAAAGGUUUGUUCAUUGUAUACCCAUAAUAAUAAUAAAUCCAUCUUAUCCUCUUCAAAUAAAAAAACAAUGGCCUGGGGAUCUUCAUCAAAGCCCCCUCCACCACCCCGCUCUGCUUUAAGCAAGCUUCUCCCUCUCGUCAUCUUCCUCGUCAUCCUCGCCGCAUUCGCAUUCGUCGGCUACCAGGUCUACCUCGUCACGCAACAAGUGUCGAAAUCUGCCUCGGACAAAAUGGCCUCCAAGAAUGUUUCGUUCACCAAAGAUGGCGUCAAAGUCGGAGUUAAAGAGUUGAAGAAUGAAAAUUAUGUGGACAGAACCCAAGGCUUCUUGGUCAAGGCUUGGAAUUUAAGUGAAUGGCCUGCGUAUCGAUCAAGAUUGGGAUGGAAUAGUCCCAAGGAGAAUGGAAAUGGUGAGAAAGUGGAAUCUAGGAAACCAUAUUCGCGCUCCUCAUCCAGCAGAUAAACUAAAACGUUCUUCUGCGCAAAUCUCGCUAAGACCCAAAUCUAUUUCUUCACAUUUUGUAUUACUGUUCUCGUUCUCAAGUUUCUCGUUACCAAGUUCCCUUUCAACCAGACCAGAGAAUAUCCUCUGUGGUGAAAUCAACACAGUCGCUAGUAUUUUCGGUUGCGCAGAGCAUGGAAUCUUGGGAAAGGAUCGAUGGAUGGGGCAUUCAUCGAUAUUUUUAUAUUACAGAUUUACAGUACUCAUUCUACAGUACUCAUUCAUCUUCCAACUCUGGUUGCCAGGCUGGAUUGAAAGAGGAGGUCAUCUAGAGUUCCAGAACACCAUCACUUGUGAUUGCGCAAAAGUUGGAUUUAGGGAACAGAUGGGCGUUGAUCAGAUAUUUUCAUUUUCAUUGAGAUUUUCAUCUGGUACUUUAUUUUAUUUCAUCUCUAGCUCUCUUCAUCGGCCCACGAUUACUGGUUUUACGACGACACACGUACGAGUAUUUACUAGGUCAUCUUAAACUCAAAUUCAUGAACCUUCUUCACGAAAGGCUUAUGAUACUAGAUAUAUAGCAAAGCUAUACCAAUUACAUUUUCAUUCUCAAAUCAGAAUCCCGCAUCCUCCUCGUUUCUUCACGUAAAAGUUGAGAAGUAGAUACACAGAAUUAAAGGAUAAUGCUUCUUCA